GUAGUGGAUGGGCUUACAUUCCUGCACAAACACGGUGUGAUCCACCGCGACGUGAAGCCGGCCAAUCUUCUACUCACGCCGGUCGCCCAAAGUGCCUUCUCACCACUCGGUAAUCUCAUACGUGCGACCACUUUUGCAAGCAAUAGCACUCAUACUCCCUCGGGCGUCCCCAAGGCUACUUCUAUUCCCACUUCAUCUUCUACCACAUCCCAUAAUAUUACCUCCGCUUCCAAUUUCGAUUGGCCAAUUCAUCAUUGCGAUGAUCCGAUCGACCUUCUUCGACACCGACUUAGGUUGUCACGUGGAUGGCUUGUCAAGCUGACCGAUUUUGGCGUCAGCGCUUCUCUCUCGCUUUUCUCACCUUCAACAAAUGUAAGUAAAAACUGUUAUUCAUUUUUUUUGGUUCUAAUGGAAGAUGUUGAUCAAAGCAGGAAAACUUUAUCAUUGUUUGUUAUGAUUGCAUUCUGA